CGCUCAGCCAGAGAGAGAGAGAGAGAGAGAGAGAGAGUACAGAGAUGGAUGAGCUUGCGCCACUGGACGCAGCACCACCACAACCGAGCCAGCCACAUCUCGCCAGAGGCAGACGCCGAGCACCACUGCCCCGACAGCCUCCCGCGCCUCCGCCACAGGCCCGCCUUGCAGGCCACUUGUGGCCAUGGACCAGGUCUUCGGCGCCGAGUACGUCUUCCUCCACGUCCGUCGCUCCAACCGCGCCGGCUUGAACCUCUACACCUCCACCCUCGGCUACCAGAUCCACGACAUCGAGGCCAAGUACUAUGCUGACGGCGAGGACGCCUACGACAUGCGCAAGAUGCUGCGUCAGCCCGUGCCCAAGAAGCACCACCGCCACCACGCCGGCCGCGGCUGCUGCUCCCACGAAUCCCCUACUGCCGCGGCCGCCGGCUCGUCCCCGACUUCCCCUUCGCCGGAGAAGAAGGCCGACGAACGCGAAGUCUCCAAUCACCGCUGCCAGAUCUGGCGAGCAACCGAGCCACCACUGCAAACCGACCAUGUAGCCCCCGUCGGCCACCCACCCACCAGAGAGGGGCUCCGCCACCACGGCAUGGGGAUGCUGCUCCCCGCCACCGCGCGCUGGGCCCUCCGCCGCAGGCCCGACCGUGGCAAGUGGGCCGCAGCUGGACGAGGCGCUUACCCUCCUUGCAGUCAACGCGAGCCGCGAGCAGAGGAAGCAGCGAGGAUGAGCAGUGCGGGGUCGGCCGGACUUGGAAGGGAAGCAUGCCUGGCGCAGGUGGCGAGGCUGUGGACGUCCAAAUCGGGACGGAUCCGAGGCUGUUGGUCGGGGGCGAGGCUGCUGGACGUCCGGAGCAUGGGCAGCGGCUGAGCAGGAGGCUAGAUCGAACGACGAUGGAGGAGCUCCAAAAUCUGAUGGUUCCUCACCGACAGAAGGGGUUCCUUCCCUGGAUAGAGAAGAAAAGAAGGUAGAGCAUCGGGUGGAUGGAGAAGAAGAGGAGGAAGCAUGGCGUGUUCUGGAUAAGGGGGCACGUAGUGGGAAGUGGGCGGUGGCUUGUUGUCGCUAGAUGAUGUGCUGGACCCGAAGCUGCUGGAUGCUAUGUAUGCACCAAUUUACAAUUUUUUUUGGAUGAACAUCCAUUAUAAUUACUUCCUCAUUAAAGAAAUAUAAACAUUCUUAUAUUUUUUA